CUCACACUGUGCUCACAGCCUUGAAGAGCACACUGCAUAUCUGAUGUUUCUCUCUCCAACUCCAACCAGCUCCGCUCUCAUCUGAAAGCUUUAUGUGUGAGUACCUGUAGGUCUGUGGGCAGCAUCAAGACAACAACUGCUAGUGCUGACACACACUGAUAACUCACACUCGUGGAAUGACUGGCAUCUGAAGUCUUCAGAACACACACACGCUGAGCAGACCUCUGAGAAGAGAAGAGAAGCUCCUGUUGUGUAACUAGAACUGAAGAGGUCCACUUCUGGCCAGCCUGCCUAGAACACCUGGCUGAUAAAACCAGUUCACCUGUUCCAAACAGCCUGACCAGCUCUGUCCAGCUGCUCUCAGUCCAAACAGGCCCAGCAGCCUGAGUGAAUUCUCUCCUUUUUUAAUCCAGCAACUCAAAAUCUAACCAGUGUCCAUGGAGCGUGUUCAGCACAUGACCAAGUCGGCCAUCCGCCGAGCGUCUCAGAUCGAGGUGAACCCCCAAGCCAAAAGGAACCUGCAGGAGCUGUUUGUCAACUUCACCCUCAUCCUCAUCUGUCUGCUUCUCAUUUACAUCAUCGUCCUGCUGAGCAGCUAAGAGCAGCAGAGCUGGAGAGAGUUUGGCACGGCUGCACUGUGGAGGAGGGCUGGGCUGAUAUAUGGCCUUUACCGACACACAGAGGUCAGAUUUCCAAGAAACAAUAAUAUUGCCAUUUAUCAGCCUAACCCUGUUUGACAACAGCCAUGGAGAAGAAUCAUGGAGGUAACACGACGCCAUGUGAAACCAAUUAUGGCCAAACUCUCUCAGUUCAUGGCUGUUUCUACAAGAGGUGAUCAGGGAUCAGCUGCUCUUUCUCAAGGGAAUGAUCAAAAGUGACCCGAGUUUAAACCUCACUGAUAUACUGUGUGCAUGUACAUCUUACUGCUGCUCAUUCACAUUAAUACUCUUAUAUUAUAAUGUGUUGACUGAUUUACAAAGGAGACCACCUGCCUCCAUUCAAGACCUACUGUAUGACACUGUCUCCUGCUUAAAUAAUAACAGGUGCAUAUCAACACAUCACUUUUGUUUACCUUCCACUUCUCAUGAGGCCUGUUCCUUCCUGCAGCCACCACGUGCACCAUCAGGAGAAACAUUACUUCUUUCUUCACCUCCCAGAAACCACACAGUAGAAAAACAUGGAUGUACUGACGUGUUAGCACACCAUUAAAAACCAAAUAGGAAAAAGCGAUAUAACUUAAGCAGCAAGCAACAUGGCUGUGUGUGACAGAUGCUGUGAUAAGCUGAGACACCUUUCACUAAAUGAACAUGCCUCAAAACAGACCUUUUCCACCAAGCGUGAGGUCCAUGUCAUUUUCUCUAAAGACAAUUUACUGGAGCACAGUGCAAAUAAAAACACAAGAUGAGAAGUUAACUACAAUUCCCAUGUUGCAUUUUAGUAAGAAACAUCUAGUCACAGUUUAAAAUUCUGCUCUGUGUAGGCAGUGUAAGCGAAAGAUAAAAAUGAAUCUACUUCUUGGAUAAAUUCAGUUACCAUGUUUUGUUCACAUCUGCAAGAGCAGCUCUACACCUCUUCUGGCUUCUUCUACAUAGCAACGGCAACUGAGGAUCAUGGGUAUGGUAGUUUUCGCAGUCAUCUGCCAUCCCAAACUAACAGACAAAACAUAAUUUUCAGAAACAAUACAGACAUUUUUUGGAGCCUGCACGCAAUGGUACACUGAGGAACUGCAACUUAAGAUUCACAGCCAAGUUGGUUGCUGAAGGCAAAAGGAAGUUUAUCUUCAUGUGAAGUGACAGAACAGUGCUGUCUCCCUGAAAACAUCUCCCUCAAAAUUUGACACAGCAACAAACCGUAUGAAAAUAUGAUGUAAUGCAUGUGUAUGUCAGUUCUCAGUGUUUCUAAAUUUUAAAUGAAUUAUUUUAUUGUGAAAUAUGACAUAUGUUAAUAUUAAAUAGAUCCCUUUAUUUGUAUUUGUGGGCAAAUGGAAAUGAAGUCAAAUCCAACUUGCGUUUAAUCUACUGUGCAUAGCAUAAUAUAUAGAAAGAUUGAUUUUUAUUUCCUGCCAAGCCAGUCAGCCUCCUCACAUUCACUCAGUGUGGCUUAAUCUUGUAUAACAUAUAAAAAUAUAUUACGGUCAGUCUUUAAAGUGUGGGAAGUAGUUUCUGAUGGGCUACAUCAACACUUUCACUGUGUAAAGUAUGGUCUAGUUUAGUUGGGAUUCACAGAUCAGUGAGUGAAAGUGUGGCGCUUUAAGCACCACACAACCUCUGAUCUAGUUGCUCUGACAUACACAGUACAUGAGGUUUAGUUUAUCAGUGAAAACACUUUCACUUGGCAUGGUGUGAUGUCACAUUUUUAACAAGUUCUCUUUCUGUAAUGGCAGCAACUGUGCAAAACAAUAUACUGUAAAGUCAGAUUCCUAAAGGUGAGAUGGAUUAAAAAGUCUACAAGAGUCUAAUAUGUAAUAACAAAAUUCCAUCAUUUCUUUGAUAUGUUAAUUUUAACAACUUACCAGCCAAAUUUACAUAUAAGGCAUCUUCAUUAUAACUGACAUGAAUGGGCUGGACUGAAAAUGUAAAAAUAUAAGUUAGGGUCAGAAAUUAUUGUGAAAAAAUUGCAGUUUUGUUCUUUUAUGUAAGGUUUAUUUGGAAUUGUAUCAUUCUACCUUUAAACUAC